CACGGAGUUCUUGAGGACAGAAGUUUGGUUGCAGUGAAGAGGUUUAUCCACGAUGUGAAAGAAAAUUUUGCUAAAGAGUUGACUGUCCACUGCGAAAUCAAUCACAAGAAUGUAGUUAGGCUCAUCGGUUACUGUCUAGAGGAAAAUGCCCUUAUGAUGGUCACUGAGUACAUUCCUAAUGGAAACCUGAGUGAUGUUCUUCACCAUGACAACAGUCACAUCCCUUUGGAUCUAAGACUUAGGAUCGCCACACAAUGUGCAGAGGCAUUGGGAUACAUGCAUUCUUCCAUGUAUACUAAGGUCAUUCAUGGCGACAUCAAGCCUGAUAAUAUUCUGUUAGAUGGCAGCUUUAAUGCAAAAAUAUCAGACUUCGGAAUAUCAAGGCUAGUCAACACGGAUACGACAGUGUACACUAAGAAUGUAAAAGGAAGCAUAGGUUACAUGGACCCUUUGUUUGCUCGGGAUGGACGUCUCACUGUCAAGAGUGAUGUUUACAGUUUUGGAGUUGUACUUUUGGAACUGAUCACUAGGAGAAAGGCAACAACAAAAGAUGGGAAGGCCAUCAUCAGUGAUCUAUGUACUGAUGCCCUUUCAAGGGGGAUCAGAGGGCUGAAAGAGAUGUUUGAUGCCAAAAUUGCCUGCCAAAAUAAUAUGAAGAUUAUUGAAGGGGUUGCAAAGCUAGCUUUUGAAUGCUUGAGGAUGGAAAGGGAUAAACGUCCCGACAUGAUUGAUGUGGCUAUGCGUCUUCGGACAUUAACAAAAGCUUUGCAGCAGGGACAACAACGGGUAGAUUUGUUCUCUUGGGUAUGGAAGAGUAAGCCAUCACCUCCAGCUUUGGUGACCGUACCUACCACGCCGUCACCUCCAGCUCUGGUGACCACCCCUACCAAGACAUUGUCAUCAGCAUGGUGCCGCCAGUUCACGUUUGCAGAGAUGGAGGCUGCGACAAAACAAUUUGACAAGUCGCUCCUUGUUGGUGACGAUGACUUUGGUAAGGUUUACUGUGGAGGGAUUGACGGGGGAGCACUCAAGGUGGCUAUCAAGCGUUUGGGGUAUACACAUGGUGAUGGUAAUUUUUCUGAGGACUCACAGGGUGAUGGUAAUUUUUCUGAGGACUCAGACGCAUAUGGUGAUGGUAGACGUCGGUUUCGUGCUGAGACAAGGAUGAGGUCAACGCUUUGUCACCGUCAUCUUGUACCACUGAUCGGUUACUGCGAUGAGAAGGACGAGUUCAUCGUAGUGUACGAUUACAUGUCUCGAGGAAGUCUGCGUGAGCACCUGUACAAGACCCAGAAUCCACCCCUUACAUGGAAGCAUCGUCUGGAGAUCUGCAUUGGUGCAGCUCGUGGGCUGCACUAUCUGCACACAGUUGUAAAGCCCGCCAUCAUCCACUGUUCUGUGAAGCUGACUAAUAUUCUCCUCGACGAGGAAUGUGUUGCCAAGAUUUCACAUAACAUUGAGAGUGAUCCGGAGACGGAAACAAGACGUUGUUCGUAUGUUAAUGCCGGCGAUCCUGAACGCGACUACGGCGGUCGGCUAACUGAGAAAUCAGAUGUCUAUUCUUUUGGUGCUGUGUUGUUUGAGGUCCUCUGUGCUCGGCCAAUUCUGGAUACAAGUCGUCCGAUCGAACAAGUCCACUUGUUAUGUUGGGCAUCCUGUUGCAAGGACGAGGGCAACCUUGAUCAGAUUGUUGACCCCUACCUAAAGGGGAAAAUUGAUCCGCAGUGUCUCGAUAAGUUUGUCGAAACUGCUGAAAAGUGUCUUGCUUAUGAGUGCACUGACCGUCCAUCGAUGGAAGAUGUGCUUUCGGACCUGGAGCAUGCCCUUCAGUUGCAGGAGAGUGCAGAGGCGAGCCUUGCUGCAACCAUGUCAGCAGGCCUUGGCAAGUUGGCAUGGCCAAGGGGAUUGUGGUGAGCGAAGGCCUUGCUGCAACCAUCUCUGUACCCGGCACCAACAACGUCUCCUUGCAGAUCAUAAACUCCACAGACCGGUGAGCAUAAUCUCUGUACCUCAGCAUGUUUUCACGAAUUUGUGCUUAAAAACUCAGGUUUGUCGGAGAAUUGUUCCGUAUUACAUGUGUUCUGUCUAGCCGAGUAUUUUCUCCAGUGUUGUUGUGAGUUUGUGACCUCUCAGAUUGGCUUGUAAUAUACUACUCGUAUUCAACCAACGAAUUGUAAAUUUGUACUGCGGGGCAUAUGAAGAA